UUUUUAAUAACACAAAAGAAAGUUGGUUUUUUGAAAAGAAAAAAAUGGAGAAUGUUCCAUGUACAAUGAAAGCUUGGAUUUAUGGACAACAUGGGAAACCUGAAGAUGUUCUGAAACUCAAGUCCGAUGUUGUUGUUCCUGAAUUGAAGGAAGAUCAAGUUCUUGUUAAGGUCAUGGCUUCGGGGCUUAAUCCAGUUGAUAAUAAGAGGAUGCUUGGCAUUUUUGUUCAAGCUGAAUGUCCUUUUCCCACAGUUCCAGGGUACGAUGUAGCUGGUGUGGUGGUGAAAGUAGGAAGCCAGGUAAAGAACUUAAAGGUAGGUGAUGAAGUAUAUGGUAACAUCCAUGAGAAAGCCUUGGAUCAUCCCAAACAAUACGGCACUUUGGCCGAAUACACGGCGGUUGAAGAGCGGCUAUUGGCUCCCAAACCCAAGAAUCUCAGCUUUACCGAGGCUGCUUCACUGCCGGUCGCCAUCGGAACAGCUUACGAAGGCCUUCAACGAUGCGAGUUCACCGCUGGUCAAUCCAUUCUUGUGUUGGGAGGCGCGGGUGGAGUUGGCAGCAUGGUCAUUCAGCUGGCCAAGCAUGUUUUCGGAGCAUCAAGAGUUGUGGCUACUGCUAGCACAGGAAAACUAGAGUUGUUGAGGAAUUUGGGUGCUGAUUUAGCAGUUGAUUACACCAAGGAAAACUUUGAAGAUCUCCCUGAGAAAUUUGAUGUUGUAUAUGACUGUGUUGGGCAAUGUGAAAGGGCAGUGAAGGCAAUGAAGGAAGGUGGGAAAGUUGUGAUAGUGAUUGGAGCAGUGACUGUGCCAGCAUUUGUGUUUAUAGUCACUUCAAAUGGGGCUGAUUUGGAGAAAUUGAACCCUUACUUGGAAAGUGGGAAAGUGAAGGCUGUUAUUGAUCCCAAUGGCAUUUACCCUUUCUCUCAAACACUUGAAGGACUUGCAUAUGUCGACACUGGUAGAGUCGCUGGAAAAGUAGUCAUAUAUCCAAUCCAACAAGAUAAUUAAUUUAAAUCUCACAUUUGUGAUGCAAAUGUUUGGUUAUAUGUUACCAAUUGGUCUCAUGUAAUAAAAACAAUGAUGUUUCCCUCUAA